AAGUGGUUCUUGGUGAUGGCAAAACACUUGUCGUACGUAUCAAGUAAAACAUUUAGUAUCUUCUUGUCCGUUAAAUUCUGCUUGUUCCAAGGCUCACUUGACAACCUAGGAAGCUUGAAGCAGCAAUACGGGCUUGCUAAGAAUGCAAACGAGGUUCUCUUGGUCAUUGAGGCUUACAAGACUCUCCGUGACAGAGCUCCAUACCCUGCCAACCAUGUAGUGGCUCACCUAAGUGGCGACUUCGCCUUUGUGGUCUUCGAUAAAUCAACUUCCACUCUGUUUGUAGCUUCUGACCAAGAAGGUAAGGUUCCAUUGUAUUGGGGGAUAACAGCUGAUGGGUAUGUGGCAUUUGCUGAUGAUGUUGAGUUGCUUAAAGGUGCUUGUGGAAAGUCUCUUGCUUCUUUCCCUCAAGGCUGCUUUUACUCGACUGCGUUAGGUGGGCUAAGGAGCUUUGAGAACCCUAAGAACAAGAUCACUGCCAUUCCUGCUAAAGAGGAAGAAAUUUGGGGAGCCACCUUCAAGGUGGAAGGAGCAACAGUUCUUGCAGAUUGAGAAUGGAAAACCUUCAAUAGCAAAAAAAAUAAAAUAAAAAAUCAUGUAUUGAAAACAAGAAGCUGUUCUGUGAGUUCUUUAAGCUAUCAAAGGUUGGUGAUGAUGUGUGUAGUGUAGUCUUGUCUCUCUCUUGUCUUUUGCUUCUUUGUAUAGCCAGUGUCUGUUUCUUCCUGUUUCAACUGUAUUCGUCCUAAAUAAGUUCUCUCUCUAA